AUUUUAAUCAUAAAUAAUCUUUAAUUUUAUCUGCUCCAAAUUCAUAAUCCCCAAAGUCCAAAUUUUAAACCUUCUUUUUUCUUUUUCAUUUAAUAAAAUUAACAGCCAACCAAGCUUGGCCAAAGAUUAGAUUUUUUUUCUUUUUACCCACUACGAAAAAAAUAGCACACAGCUACCACCUUCCCUGCCUUUCUCCCAAAAUUUAUAUUAAUUUUCUUUUAAUUUUUACUUUUUUUUCUGGAUAUCAAUUUUCCCAUUUUCUUCUGCUUCAUCUUCUUGUUAUUGUGAAUUUUCUGUUCUUUUUUUUUCUCUCUUUUUUAAUUUUAUAAAUGAAAUUCAAAAUGGGUUUUUCUUCAUCAUCAUCAUCGUCAUCUUCCUCUCUUCUUCUGUUCUUCUAUAUAACAGUCUUUUGUUCAAUACGCUGUGUUUUGGGUUCUUCUAUUUGCUCCCAUGAAGCUGAUGUGUUCAUUAAAAAUAUUCACUUUCAAUGCUCUCCUUCGAUCUCUCCAAUUCCCCCUCUCAAGGUUAAUGGAGACUUCCUUGACAGACAAUUGACCUCCAAACAGCAAAAUGGUUAUACUUCUGUGCUCUUUUACGCUUCGUGGUGCCCGUUUUCACAUGGUUUGUGUCCGAAAUUUGACAUUCUCAGUUCCAUGUUUCCUCAAAUAGAGCAUCUGGCAGUUGAGCAGUCUUCAACUUCACCAAGUAUAUUAUCGAGGUACGGAAUCCAUAGCUUGCCUUCAAUUUUAAUUGUGAACCGGACAUCAAGGGUACGAUAUAAUGGACCAAAAGAUCUUCUCUCGAUUGUACAAUUUUAUGAGAAAACAACAGGAUUUGAACCUGUUCAAUUCGUUGCUCAAAAGGAAUCCGAUGUAUCUGGUGACCACAAUAAAUACAUGAUAAAGUCGUGGAAGGAAUCGUCUCCGAUGGAGAUAGUAAAACAGGAGCCCUACUUAGUAUUUGCUUUGUUGUUUCUUUGUCUAAGAGGAAUUUUACUUGUAUUUCCGAAAGUAUUGUCUCGUCUCAAGGCUGUUUGGGUUUCAUAUGCUCCGCAAUUUAACUUGGAAAUAUUCGGUGAGACGAGUCAAUUGUUUGUGCGAGCCCUUCACAUGGUCGAUGUUCGGAGGGUUUGGACCAAACUGAGGCUAUGCAAGACCCAGAAUUUUCAGCAAGGUGCGAAGAGUGCCCGUGUUUGGGCUUCUUCGCUAGCAUCCGUCUCUUUGGGAGAAUCUUCUUCAGCUAGAUCAUCCUUUUCAGCAUCAUCCUAGGUCAGAGCUUUAUGGAACUAAGCUCAAUCGUAGAAAAAGAACAUACUAAUCAGGUAGUGUAUUACAAACCAUGACAAUGCUUUCGGAUACGUAAUCUGCUCUCUCUUCUGUGUUAAAAUUUCUAUUGCUAGUCCUGAUAUACUAAAAGUUGUUGACCUUGUUCGAGUCCAGGUUUUCAUGUUUUUUCAUGGAGGAAAUUGACUAGAAUGUAAAAUUGAGAACAGCGUUUUAUUUUUGCCCCUUUUUGUGUAUAUUACUUUGUUUUUUGGAGGAACAUCAUCACUUUCAUACAUCAAUGGAAUGUAAGCUUUACUUAA